UGACGUCGUUGACAUUGUGAUGUAUUUUUCCGUUUAGUCCCCGGUUUUGCGUCAUUACAUCACUGAAGACUCCUCCGAGUGGUAUUUUCAAUGUAAUCCGUGAUGAGAAAAGUGCCCCCUUGCCACUUCUAGCCAUGUCCCCUAAACCCGUUUGAUUUUGGAGGUAAACUGAUGGUUUUCAAAUCGAGCGAUGUCGAGUAACCCCAACCCGACGCCGGGCAAAGUGCGGGGCCCCGGCCGGCCCCCCAAGAAAAUCAUCUCAUGUACGUGGUGCAACGAGAGCAAACUACCCCUCAAAUACGUCCUCCCGACCACCAACGGCAAGAAGGAGUUCUGUUCGGAGACAUGUCUCGCCGAGUUCCGCAAGGCCUACAUAAAGGGGGCGUGUCUGCAGUGCGACAAUGUGAUACGGGGCGCCAACAGCCCCUCGAAGGACUUCUGCUCGACGUACUGCAUGAACAAGUUCCAGAAAAGAGCCGAAUUGCAGAAUCGGGUGGCGGCAGUGGCCCCCACCACGCCGCUGGAGGCCUCACCGGGGCCCUUCCAGUACGAGACAUAUCAGCCCUUCGACUGGGACGAGUAUCUCAAAGACACGAACUCGGUGGCGGCCCCUGCGAGCUGCUUCAAGCAGGCGGUGACGCCGCCCCAUAACGAAUUUAAAGUCGCAAUGAAAUUGGAGGCGUUGGAUCCGAGGAAUGUCACAUCGACGUGCAUUGCGACGGUGAUUACGGUUUUAGGAUCGAGGCUCAGGUUGAGGCUCGAUGGGAGUGAUAAUAAGAAUGAUUUUUGGAGGCUGGUGGACUCGAAGGAGAUUAAUCCUGUGGGGCACUGUGAGAAGUCAGGGGGAAUGCUGCAGCCCCCAUUAGGUUUUCGUAUGAAUGCGAGUUCGUGGCCAAUGUUCCUUACGAAAACCCUAAACGGCGCCCUAAUGGCCCCCGCCAACAUCUUCCAGAAGGAGCCCCCAAGUCCCAAAUGCAAUCUAUUUCAAGUUGGUCAAAAACUCGAAGCUGUCGAUAAGAAAAACCCCCAAUUGAUAUGUUGUGCUACUGUUGGUGCUGUCAAAAAUGAACAAAUUCAUGUCACAUUUGACGGUUGGAGAGGGGCUUUCGACUACUGGUGCCGAUAUGACAGCAGAGACAUUUUCCCAGUUGGAUGGUGCGCCAAAUCGGGUCAUCCGAUGCAGCCCCCCGGUCAAAAAAAUAGCACCGGACAUGGCAGAUAUAAAUUCAAGCCGGCUUUGACCGCCCCCAUACCGCCCAUUACGUCCACGGUGGCGGAAUCACCCGAAGCUGAUACUUCGGCGCCCCCACCGCCUCCGAUAACGAUUCAGAUGCGAAAAAGCUGCAUAGGGGGCCCCCUGAUCGACGCUUCCCAACUCCCGCCAACAAUCGAAGAAACGACACCAAAAGCCCUAGCUAAGAGUCUAAUAGGCAAAAUUCUCUCCGUUUCGCAUAAAUCUGAGACGAUUUUAGCCCGACUGGGGGCUCUACGAGGCGAAGAAAUGGUUAUCACCCAUCAAAGCACCACUUACACGAUCAAAUUACCCCAAUUAUCAAAAGCUACCGACUUGGAGAAUGUCUUCACUGCACUAGCGUCAGCAUUGGGGUGUUGCCAUAACCUCUUCUCAUUAGACGGUAUGAAGAAAGAAUGUUCCUCCUGUGAUGUGAAACCGUCGCCUCCGAAACGCAAACCGCCCCCCGAGCAAGAAGCAGCGACCUCUACAACCCCCGGUGACACCUCGGCCUCCGAGUCGCCCCUCACUAGUCUCAAUAAAAUCCCCACGCAGGAAUGGGGCAUUGAAGAAGUGAUACAGUUUAUAGAGUCUGCAGAUUCGUGUCUAGGAGUCCACGCCGACUUGUUUCGCAAACAUGAAAUUGACGGGAAGGCGUUGUUACUCCUCAAUUCGGACAUGAUGAUGAAAUAUAUGGGUCUGAAGUUGGGACCGGCACUGAAAAUAUGUAAUUUGGUCUCGAGGCUUAAGGGGAGAAGGUACAAUUCGCUUUAAGGAAGAUAAGAAAGUCUAUUUUUCCGUACUGGGAUGCAAAUAUUGUAUCAUUGUUAUGUACCUCCCUUAAUAGUUAUAUUUUUCAUCAGAAAACAUUUUUUUUCCUAAUGUUUGUGAUACGUUCAAGUCUCGUUUUAUCAGCAAUACAAUUGUAUCGUAAAUUGUAGGUCUAGUGACUCGAUUGUUUUUUUGAUUAUUCCAAAUUCCGCAUUUUCCAGUAUUUCGUUAGGAGCUUUUUUGUAGAAGUAAAUAAAAGUAUUUAAUUUUC